AUGGUAAAAGCUGACAACGGUACACAAAUUCUAGAAUUUCUCCUUCUGGGACUUUCAGGGGAAGUAAAAGUACAGCCCCUCAUAUUUGGGCUUUUCCUCUCCACAUACCUGAUUACUAUGUUUGGAAACCUGCUCAUCAUCUUGGCCAUCACUUCAGACCCCCACCUUCACACCCCCAUGUACUUCUUCCUCUCCAACCUGUCCUUUGUAGACAUCUGUUUCACCUCCACCACCAUCCCAAAGAUGUUGUGGAACAUCUGGACACAAAGCAAAGUUAUCAGCUAUAAGGAAUGCAUCACACAGAUUUAUUUUCUCAUACUUUUUGCAGUGUUGGACAUCCUCCUCCUGACCGUGAUGUCCUAUGACCGCUUUGUGGCCAUUUGUCAACCUCUCCACUACACAGUCAUCAUGAACCCCCAGCUCUGUGGAUGGCUGGUGCUGAUAUCCUGGAUCAUAAGUGUCCUGAAUUCCUUAUUACAAAGCUUAACGGUGUUGCGACUAUCCUUCUGCACAAACAUUGAAAUUCCCCACUUUUUCUGUGAACUCAAUCAUAUGGUCCAACUUGCCUGUUCUGACACAUUUGUUAAUAACAUAGUGAUGUAUUUUGCAGCUGUCCUGCUGUGUGGUGGUCCCUUCUUUGGUAUCCUUUGUUCAUAUUCUAAAAUAGUUUCCUCUAUAUGCAGAAUCUCAUCAGCUCUGGGGAAGUAUAAAGCAUUUUCCACCUGUGCGUCUCACCUCACCAUUGUCUCCUUAUUUUAUUGUACGAUGCUUGGAGUGUACCUUAGCUCUGCAGCUACCCACAAUGCACACUCAAGUGCAACAGCCUCAGUGAUGUACACAGUCAUCACACCCAUGCUGAACCCUUUCAUCUACAGCCUGAGGAAUAAAGACAUGAAGAGAGCUCUGAAAGCGUUAUUUGUGAAGGGAAAUAUAUAA